AUUCUCUUCCACUCCUCUCCUCCUUCCUCCCUCCCUCCCUCACUCCCUGGCCGCCUGUCACAAGUCCCACAUAUCCCCCAGAGGAUAAGAUGCCAUGGAGGCCCCAGGAGGAACGGCACUCUACGUGUGCUCUGUGCUGCUCAUCCUAACAGAGGUCAGCUCUGACUUUAUCUACAUCCCGUCACUCGUCCAACAUGGCAUCGAAGGGGGGCCCCUGCUUCUGUCUGUGGAGACUCGUUUUCCGUUGGACAACGCUGAGAUCCAGGGAACAUGGUUCCACACCAGGCCGAGUGGAUCCAGGACCAUGCUCGUGACGUUUACCAAAGAGGGCAAUAUCCCCAACAUGAUGUACCGCAACCGCCUCCUCUUCAAAGAACCCAAUGCCUCUUUGCUGAUCCAGAAAUUAAACCAGAGCGACGAAGGGGAUUAUCAUCUGAGUCUCAACAUAGAGUUUCACAACAAGACAGGACUGGUCAUCGAGGAGAGAACUGUGCACGUGACAGUGGACGUCCCUGUGUCCAGUCCAGUCAUUGAGAAGAAUCCAAACUAUGCAGUCAUUGAGGACAAGGCGAACGUAACCUGGACCUGCUCUGUUGGGAGAGGAACAAGAGUUGUGUUCCAGUGGCUGAGGGACAACAUCCCGCUGGGCCCCAGUGACAGAUACCACUUCUCCCAAGACAACUCUACAUUGUUAAUAAGUCCUGUGAGGAAGGAGGACAAGGGAAUUUACCGCUGUGUGGCCAGCAACCCAGUCAGCCAUGGUCGACAGAGCAGGGGCCUGGAACUCAAUGUUUACUAUGGCCCCUACAAUCUGGAGGUGAACUCGGGCCAGGGCCUGCGGACAGGGGAGGUGUUUACCAUCAACCCGGGAGAGCUGGCCUUCUUCGAAUGCCAGGCGGAUUCCAACCCACCCAACAGCUACGUCUGGAUCUCCAAGAGCCGCAACUCAACCAAGGUCAUCACCGAGGGCCCGCGGCUUGAGGUGCUGUCCUACAGAUUGGCCCAGGCUGAAGAGUACCUGUGCCGCGCCUUCAACAACGUGACACAGAAACAGGACGAGGCCCAGUUCACCCUGUUGGUGGCCAGCUUAGGGAAAGAGAAACAAACCCAGGGGGGCAGCUCUAUAUCUCCACUGGCCGCCAUUACUGUCUGCUCUUUGUUCAUGAUCGGCUGUUUUCUGCUGUUCUUCCUCAGGAGAACCUGCAAUCCUAAGAGAGUGCUAAUGAGCAUUUACAACAGACCGCUGUGCGAGCAGAAAAAACUUCAUCGUUCAGGUCAUGAGGAUGCAACAGAAGACUUUGGCAUCUAUGAGUUUGUCUCCAUACCUGGGAAAAUUGAGUCUACACAGGUGUCAUGCAGAUCUCUGGCCCGCCUUGAGUCAGUCCAGGACAUGCACACCACCAUCUACGAUGUGAUCAGACACGUCCCCGAAACCCCGAGUCACAGUUUGUUGAACUAACCUCUGGCCAGAGAGUUGACAUGUAACUUACAGUCAUUUCCCUAAAAAGACUCUUAGCUUUAUUUCAUUAAUUGUGUGUUAUCAAAGACUGAGUCGCUGGUUAUGUGGCCCACUUGUUUGCACAAGGGAUGAAGGAAACAAGGGGGAGUAACCUGAUCGUGCACUGUUAUUGUCCAGAGUUUGGGACAGAUGUAAAAAAAAAGAUUAUCAUUGUUGUGAGUUUAAAAUGUACGAAUGACUUAUCUUUAAUGUGAAAGGAUAACUGAUGUUGAAUGUAUUUUUCUUUUUCUAUUCAAUAAUGUAGAUCACAUUACACCAUGCAAAUGUGGUAGUACUUCACAAUAUUUUGAAAUACAAGGCAACUAAACUCCCACACUUUGGUAACUAUUUAAAACCAAUGUUUAAUUUCAAAAUACUAAUGUUCAUUUUAUAUCUUUCUAAUUCAAAAUUUCCCCCAAAGAGAAUCUAUUGUAUGAUAAGUGUUAUAAUUAAUGGAUUUUCUUGUAUCAAAUAUAUUUAGGUUAAAUGUGCUGUAUAUAUUGUACAUGGUCUACACUGCAGAUUCUUUAUAAAUAUUAUUCUAUCUCUAUGUUUUUGCUGAAAUCUAUUUAUUCCUAAAGAAAGUCUUUAACUUAAUUUCAUCAAAUGUAGCAUUUUUCUGCUCGACAUGGAAAUACUGUAAUGAAAUGCUGAAACAAAGAAAAUUCUUAAAUUAAUUCUUAAAUUAUUGUACAGUUUGUAUUCUGCAUUCACACGUCUGUUUUGUACUUUAUUAAAGAUAUAACUGUU